AUGGAAGACGAAAUUGUUGCCGUUGUCAUAGAUAAUGGGUCCGGUAUGUGCAAAGUUGGCUUUGCAGGAAAUGAUGCUCCACAUGCUGUGUUCCCCUCCAUUGCUGGACGCCCCAGACAUCAGGGUGUAAUGAUUGGUAUGAGCCACAAAGACAGCUUUGUGGGUGACGAGGCACAGAACAAAAGAGGAAUCCUGACUCUCAAGUACCCCAUUGAGCACGGUAUUGUUACCAACUGGGAUGACAUGGAGAUGCUCUGGCAUCACAUGUUUUACAAUGAGCUGAGAGUUUCCCCUGAGGACCACCCAGUCCUCCUCACAGAGGCCCCCCUGAACCCCAAGAUAAACAGGGAAAGGAUGGCACAGGCCAUGUUUGAGACCUUCAACACUCCUGCCAUGUAUGUGGCCAUCCAGGCAGUGCUGUCCCUGUAUGCCUCUGGUCGUACCACUGGUAUUGUCACGGACUCCGGUGACGGUGUGACCCACACUGUGCCCAUCUAUGAAGGCUACGCUCUGCCCCAUGCCAUCCUCAGAUUGGACCUGGCUGGCAGGGACCUCACAGACUACCUUGGUAAAAUCCUCACUGAGAGGGGCCACAACUUUACCACCACAGCUGAGCGUGAGAUUGUGCGUGACAUCAAGGAGAAUCUGUGCUAUGUUGCCCUGGACUUUGAGAGAGAGAUUGAAAGAGCUGCCUGCUCUUCGUCAUUGGAUAAGAAGUAUGAGCUGCCUGAUGGACAGGUCAUCACUAUUGGGAAUGAGAGGUUCCGUUGCCCAGAGGCUCUCUUCCAGCCCUCAUUCCUUGGUAUGGAGUCUUGUGGUAUCCAUGAAACUACCUUUAACAGCAUCAUGAAGUGUGACGUUGACAUCCGUAAGGACCUGUACGCCAACACUGUGCUGUCUGGAGGUACCACCAUGUACCCUGGCAUUGCUGACCGCAUGCAGAAGGAGAUCACUUCACUGGCACCCAAAAACCUAAAAAUCAAGAUUAUUGCUCCCCCAGAGAGGAAGUACUCUGUAUGGAUUGGAGGCUCCAUCCUGGCUUCUCUGUCCACCUUCCAGGACAUGUGGAUCAGCAAGCAGGAGUACGAUGAGUCCGGCGCCAGCAUCGUCCACAGAAAGUGCUUCUAG